AUGACUAAUCCCGUCAUUAGUUCUGAUUACGAUUAUCUGAACCGCAAUGAUUUAAUAAUCUUAAGUAAAUACCUUAACCAGUUAACUCUUUCUAUUGAAGAAUUAACUAAACCAGCUGUAAAAAAACGUGGCAAUUCUGAUAAACCACCACGACCACAAAACAGUUGGAUAAUUUUUCGGCGAGAUUACGAAGCGCAUUUACGUUUACGCAAUCAACACGUCAAACUAAAAAUCAAAGAAACAGCAAAGGAAUGCAGUUUAAAGUGGCGAAAGCUAUCAAGCGAGGUUAAAUAUUUCUUUAAAAUAUUAGAGAAGAUAGCAUGUGAGAAUCACAAAAGCUUAUAUCCUAAUUAUAAGUAUAAGCCUAAAAAUGAGAAAGAUGCAAACAUUAGGAAAUGGGUUUUUCGCACACAAAAGGAAUACGCGUUUGCUUCGCUAUCCAUAUCUGGCUCGUCCUCUUUGAAUGACACAACAUCAACAAUUGAAUAUAAUCCUACUGUUAUCGCCGCUCCAACAACCAUUGAUAAUACCCAUCCUUUUAUGAUCAACGAUAAUUUUGACGCUACUGCUGUCAACGAACCAUUUAUUGUCACUAAUAAUCCAAUAACACCAUCGAUACUGUCACACUU